AAGUAGCCGUUGGAGUAUUCAAAAAAACAUACACACGCAAAGAAGUCUCGUGGGCCCUGCGAGAUUCCCCGCUCCCACGCACGGCCGAGAACGCUCGUUCACUAACGGCUACUGGGUCCCACUCUCAGAAUAUAUAGCCGUUGCUCCUACUCUCUCUCUCCCUCCCUCCCUCCUCCCUUAAUUUCUCUCUCACUCCUGUCUUUUUUUCUCCCUCUCGUUACGAAAUCUCUAGUUCUUCUGCAUCAAAUCAUGACUGUAGAAGUGAAAUCGGAGAAAUCAGAGAGUACCCAGGCGGAGGAAGUAUCAGAUUCCCCCAAAGCAGGGCCCGUCAAAGCCACCGGAGAUCCCCUCAAAGAACAGGAAGCGGAGGAGGAGAAACCCAAUUCAUCAAUGGAGGAGGAGGAAUCAGAAGAGCAGCCCAAUCCAUCCAUUGAGGAGAAGAAAUCGGAGGAACCCAUUUUGGAUUCCGAAGUGAAAAAGCCCGAAGAUGAGCCCAAACCCGAAGAAUCCUCAGACUCGGCGAAGGUCAUAGAGAAGAGCUCUUCUUUUAAAGAAGAAAGCAACUUCCUCUCUGACCUCAAGGAGCUUGAGAAGAAAGCUUUGAUCGAGCUCAAGGCCAAGUUGGAGGAAGCCAUCCUCGAGAAGAAGCUCUUCAAGAAUGAAGAAGCAGAGCCCGAGGAGACCCAAGAAGAAAAUGAAGGGAAAAAGUCCAGUGAAGAGAUUGAUAAAGAUCCCUCUCUAUGGGGAGUCCCUCUAUUGCCGAGCAAGAACAACGCAUCCACCGACGUAAUCCUCCUCAAAUUCCUCCAAGCCCGUGAGUUCAAAGUAAAAGAAUCCUUCGAGAUGCUGCAGAACACUCUCAAGUGGAGGAAAGAUGAGAGCAUCGAUUCUGUCGUCGAUGAAACCGAACUGGGGUCUGAUUUCGAAAGGGCUUGUUAUAUGGACGGCUGUGAUCGAGAGGGGCAUCCGGUGUGCUACAACAUCCCUGCGGUGUUUAAAGACGAAGAGUUUUGUAAAAAGGCACUUGGGAGUGAAGAAGGGAGGAAGAAAUUCUUGAGAUGGAGGAUUCAGGUAAUGGAGAAGGAGAUACAGAAGCUAGAUUUGAGGCCUGGAGGGGUUUGUAAUUUGCUUCAGGUUACCGAUUUGAAGGAUUCGGUUGGCGUUUCGAAGAAGGAGCUGAGGGAUACCAUGAAGCAAGCUCUUCAGACUCUGCAGGAUAAUUAUCCUGAGUUUGUUUCGAGAAAUAUCUUCAUAAAUGUUCCUUUCUGGUACUACGCAUUCCAUGCUCUCAUCUCCCCGUUCUUCACCCAAAGAACCAAGAGCAAGUUCGUCUUUGCUCGCCCCGCAAACGCCACUGAAACUCUCCUCAAGUACAUCCCUGCAGAAGCUGUUCCCAUCCGCUACGGCGGUUUCAAAAGAGACAAUGAUACCGAGUUCUCAGUCGAAGAUGGUGCAGUCUCGGAACUGACUCUUAAGUCUGGCUCAACAGAGACUAUUGAAUUCCCCGCACCGGAGGUUGGGACUACCCUGAUAUGGGAUUUAUCGGUGUUGGGCUGGGAAGUGACCUACAAAGGGGAGUUUGUGCCGACGGAUGAAGGAUCCUACACUGUUAUCAUUCAAAAGGGGAAGAAGAUGGGGCCUCAAGAGGAGACUGUUCGAAACUCAUUUACAAGUAGCGAGCCUGGAAAAGUUGUGGUAACGAUUGAGAACAAGACGUACAAGAAGAAGAGGGCUCUGUACCGAUACAAGGCUAAGAGUUCUCGACUGGACCGAAGUGAUCCUAGAGAGUAGCUUGACGCUUGAGGGGAUGAGAGGGAGAGAUAUUAAGAGUCAAUUCUUUUAAGGGUGAUGGUUAGUGUCCAAUUCUUUUUUAGGAGAUUUGGGGUGUUAUCUUUUUUGUUGUAUUUCGGAGUUGUUAUACGAAUUUGGAUUGGAUGUUAUCUUUUGACGAAAAUGAAGAGAUCUUAUUAGUUU